AUUAGAAAGGAGUUUUGACUAAUCAAAAGAAAGCCAAAAGACAGAUGCUGUAAAUGUUCACGUGGCAGCAUAGAGUUGAUCUAUAAGGCGGCGUUGAUUGAAAGCCAAAACUUCCAAAAUUUUUCUUUCUAGGUUUGUUUAAAAGCGAAAAGCGACCUUUUCAGGAGCCAAGGAGGGGGCUCGUGUGCAAUCUUCUUCUUUAAUCUUUUCCCGCUAACACAUAAGCAUAAACACUUGGUCUACAAACCACAGAGAUACAUUUGAGACUAGUACUGUAAUAGCUCAAAAUACAGAAGAUGAAGUUCGUCCUGGUUACAGGAGGAGUAGUGAGUGGUCUGGGUAAAGGCGUCACAGCCAGCAGCAUAGGUGUCGUCCUCAAGGCCUGCGGUCUUCGAGUCACUUCCAUCAAAAUUGAUCCUUACCUUAAUACGGACGCUGGUACCAUGUCUCCCUUCGAACAUGGGGAAGUUUUUGUUCUUGACGAUGGUGGAGAGGUGGAUUUAGAUUUGGGUAACUAUGAACGAUUCCUGGAUGUUACUCUUACUAGAGAUAACAACAUCACCACUGGAAAGAUAUAUCAGUCUGUCCUUGAGAAGGAACGCAGAGGUGAUUAUCUUGGAAAGACAGUUCAGGUGGUUCCACACAUCACAGACGCCGUCAAGAAUUGGAUUGAGUCUGUUGCUGCUAUUCCUGUGGAUGGUAAAGAGGGACCGGCAGAUGUUUGUGUGAUUGAGUUGGGGGGAACUGUUGGGGACAUUGAAUCAAUGCCAUUCAUUGAGGCUUUGCGACAGCUAUCUUUUUCAGUUGGUCCAGAUAACUUUUGUCUCAUUCACGUGAGCCUAAUACCUGUGCUGGGUGUCGUUGGCGAGCAAAAAACUAAGCCUACACAGCACAGUGUUAGGGAAUUGAGAGCAUUAGGGUUGACACCUCAUUUGUUGGCAUGUCGCUCUGCCCAGCCUUUGUUGGCAAAUACAAAGGAGAAACUUUCUCAGUUCUGCCAUGUCCCGAUUGCUAAUAUUCUCAAUAUUCAUGAUGUUCCAAACAUUUGGCACAUUCCUCUCUUACUUCGAAAUCAAAAUGCUCAUCAUUCAAUUCUACAACAGCUAAAUUUGCUCAGCAUUGCUGCACCUCCAGAUUUACAAGCUUGGACAAAGAUGGCCGAGACUUUUGACAAUAUCACCAAUUCUGUGAGGAUUGCUAUGGUUGGAAAGUAUGUUGGCCUUGCAGACUCGUAUCUGUCUGUUGUGAAGGCCCUUCUGCAUGCCUGCAUUGCAUGUUCCCUGAAGCCAUCAAUUGAAUGGAUUGCAGCUUCUGAUCUUGAAGAUGAUAGUGCAAACUUGACACCUGAAGCACAUGCUACUGCUUGGGAGACUUUGAGGAAUGCAGAAUGUGUCUUAGUUCCUGGAGGAUUUGGAGAUCGUGGUGUGCGAGGAAUGAUAUUGGCUGCAAAGUAUGCUAGAGAGAAUAAUAUACCCUAUCUUGGGAUAUGCUUGGGCAUGCAGAUUUCUGUAAUUGAGUUUGCUAGAUCUGUUCUGGGUUUAGAAAGGGCAAACAGUGCAGAGUUUGAUACCCAGAGUCCAGAUCAUGUUGUUAUUUUCAUGCCUGAGGGUUCGAGAACUCAUAUGGGAAGCACAAUGAGACUAGGUUCUCGAAAAACGCUAUUUCAGACCCAUGAUUGCAUUUCUUCAAAAUUGUAUUCUAAUCCAGAAUAUGUGAAUGAACGGCAUCGCCACAGAUAUGAGGUGAACCCAGAGGUAGUUGGGUUUCUUGAAGAAGCUGGCCUAAAAUUUGUAGGGAAGGAUGAAACUGGAAAACGAAUGGAGAUUUUGGAGCUUCCAGGUCAUCCAUAUUAUGUAGGAGUUCAGUUCCAUCCAGAGUUCAAAUCACGACCUGGGAGGCCAUCUCCUCUGUUUUUAGAUAAAGGAAGGAUCAAGGGAGACUGUGAAGGUUAUCUCCCUUGUGUGGUUGGAAGCAUUGGUUUGAUAUUGGCGGCAACAAAGCAGUUGGAAGCCUAUCUUAAUACACAUCAGAACGGAAGUUGAUCUGCAACUUUUUACUAUCUAGAGGUUUCUACAUCAUGUUCUUACAGUUAAUAGGUUGUGAUACAGUGCUUUGAAUUUUUCUUCCCUAUCCAUCCUUCAUUUAGAUAUCAUAUGCAAGCCACACUCCCAGUAUGAAGAAUUGGGGUGUGUUUAAGAAAAUUUUGUUGUACUUUAGUUACUCUUUUGUAUUUCAAUUUCAGAAUUUUGUUCCCGUUUUCGAUUGAUUUUCGUCCGGGGCGGGAAAAAAGUUGUAAGAAUGUGUUAUGUGAUGUUCAACCCUCUUGCCAAGUGCAAAUUGAUUAACUCUGAAAUUAAAUAAUUUAAUGAAUUAUAUAUUCACUCUCUUGAAAA